CCUGCGGUUGUUUUUAUGCGAUUUAUUACAGACAGCAGAAUUUUAUUAAUUGGUGCGCAUUCUGCUAUAUUAUUUCUUUUUGUGUACUGAGUCAGUUUAAAUCAGUUGAUCGAAAUGGCUGAAUUAAUUUCGGUGCCGCUAAAAAAACCGUCAGACGUAGAUGUCAUUAAACCUCUGACAAAUGUCAUAAAAUCAACGUAUAACACUGGAUCAAAUCAAAAAGAUUACACAGAAGCUAUUCAUGAAUUUAGCAAGCUUCGUAAUAAUGCAUUGUGGCGAGCCUUCGAGAAAUAUGAAAGCUCAUUAGAGGUUAUUUACAGCUAUUAUGACCAACUUUGUGCUUUGGAAGGAAAAAUACCUACUCAUGAAUUGCAGAUUCCAUUUAAAUGGAAAGAUGCUUUUGACAGAACCAUAUUCGGUGGAAAGUUAAGCUUAACAAUUAGCACUCUCACAUAUGAGAAAAUGUGUGUACUAUUCAAUAUUGCAGCACUUCAAAGUGCUGUUGCUGCUUCACAAUCUCUUGAUAGUGAUGAAGGAUUAAAAUUGGCUGCAAAGUUAUUUCAACAAGCAGCAGGGAUAUUUAAUUACUUAAAAGGACAUGUAAUGCUGGCUAUACAACAAGAACCUACACCUGACAUGAGUCCUGAUACUUUGGCAGCUUUAUCAGCUUUAAUGUUAGCGCAAGCACAGGAAAUCUUCGUUCACAAAGCUAUUCAUGAUUCAAUGAAAGAUGCAGUAAUUGCAAAAUUAGCUUCUCAAGCAGAAGAAUUAUAUGCAGAUGCUUUAAAAUUAUUUGAAAAAGAAAUCUUUCGAUCAUUUUGGGAUAAAGAGUGGGUUCCUUUAAUUACAGCCAAACAAUCUGGAUAUCGAGCUAUGGCAGAAUUAUAUCAAUCGAUGAUAUGCAAAAACAAUUCAGCUAUCGGUGAAGAAAUUGCAAGACUGGAGUAUGCUGUAGAUUUAUUUAAAGCAGCUCAACAGAGAUCAAAUAAAUCAACUUUGUUUCAAGAUUAUGCAAAUAAAGCUCAGCGUCGAUUGACUGAAGUAAAAAAAGAUAAUGAUUUUAUAUACCACGAGAGAAUUCCUGAUAUUAAAAGUGUUCCACCAAUUGGAAAAGCUAAUGUAGCCAAACUAUUAACAAUGACCCAACCAAUGAGUUCCAACUUUAGGGAUUUAUUUGCAGAUUUAUUACCAGUUCCUGUACAUCAAGCUCUAUCUUCUUAUGAAGUCCGUCGAAAUGAACUUGUUAAUACUGAGAUUUCUAAAUUACGUGAAAUGACGCAAGUUUUGAACACUGUUUUAGCGAGUUUAAAUUUGCCAGCAGCUAUAGAAGAUACGAGUGGAACAGAAGUACCUCAAUCUCUUUUAGAAAAAGCUCAAUUUGUUAGAGAUUCUGGAGGAAUAAAAGCUUUGGAAAGAGCCAUGAAUGAACUUCCUGAUUUAUUGCAGAGAAAUAAAGAUAUUUUAGAUGAAACAGAAAAAAUGUUGAAAGAAGAACGUGAAUCAGAUAAUCAGUUGCGUGAACAGUUCAAAGAACGUUGGAAUAGAAUAUCGAGUGCUAAAUUGACUGAACAGUUCACGAAUAAUGCUCAAAAAUAUCGAACAAUUAUUGACAAUGCAGUUGCUGCUGAUACAACAAUUCGAGAAAAAUUUGAAGCUCAUCGUGAAGGCAUGGAAAUCCUUAGUUUGGAUGAAGGUCAACUGACAUCAGCAAUUCCUUCAGGAUCAGCCGUUCAAGAGAGUAGUGCUGUUGUUCAACUACGAAAAUUAAUGGAAGAUGUAGAAACAUUAAAAGCUGAACGAGAUGUCAUUGAAAGUGAAUUAAAAUCUGCAACAACUGAUAUGAAAGCUACAUUCUUAUCAGCUUUAGCUAAAGAUGGAACCAUCGAUGAGCCUAAUUUGUCGGUAGAAAAUAUUGGAAAAAUUUAUGGCCCACUGACAAGUCAAAUUCGUGAUAGUGCAGCUCGUCAAGAAAGCUUAGUUGCUGAAAUUCAAUCAGCUCAUGCUGCAUUUACUCGUGAACAAAGUGGUUCAGGUAGUGCUCGAGAAUCAACAUUAUGUAAAUUGGCAGCUGCCUAUGAUGCAUUUAAGGAAUUGAAAAAUAAUUUGCAAGAAGGAACUAAAUUUUACAACGAUCUUACGCAGCUACUGGUUGUUUUCCAAAACAAAAUAUCCGAUUUUUGUUUUGCUCGGAAAACAGAAAAAGAAGAAUUACUCAAGGAUUUAACUACAAACUUGAGUCAAACUGGUCCAGCAGCUACUCCACCUAUUCCUGCUCAUCACGAAGCAUCUGGAGGAAGUUCAGCACCGAAAGAGGGUGUCUCUCAAUUGCCUUAUCCAACGCAGUAUCAAGGAGGUAUGCCUAUACCUUAUGGAGCAACUCCUGCUGCGCCUUAUCCGACUUAUGUUCCUCCACCAAUGCCUACGACUUACAAUCCGUACGCAACAAUGCCUUAUCCAAACCAAGCUGCAUACAGUUAUCCCUACCCUCAACAAAACUAUGCUAACACCUACAAUACAUUCCCACGUUAUGGUGGAGCCCCACCACCUCCAGGUCAAAAUCCUUGGUAAUUGGAAAAUUUUAAAGGAUAGACUAGAGAUUAAAAAGAAUAUUACAUUUAUUUGGAAUCGUAUAUGUGAUUAUUACUUUUUUUUGUCAUUGUCAAUGGCUUAAAAUGUGUAGAACUAAAAAAUAGUCAAAGAAUCAUGUUUUAAACAAUUUGCUUGAAAUUAUUUUUCUAUCUUUUAUCACCACUGGUAAUUUUAUGUAUAUCAUUAAAAUAUUAUUAUUUGUAUUACUUCAUAAAAUUAUUAAUGAAUUUAAUGAUACGUCAAAUCUUGUUGAGAAUGUUCAAUAUUAAUAUAAUUAUUGUUAUUAAAUGCUGCUUAUUGGCUCUACAAUAU